AUGGAUUCGUGUCCCGAGUCGGCGUAUUGUCUGAUUUCAGAUGGCGGUCUUCAUUUUCUUCCUUAUAGAGAGCCCAAACACUCCCUGAGGUCUCCAUACUAUUCAUUUCUAGCCAACAAGACCAUGUCGUCUUUAGCUGCCAGCACCACCGCAUCGCAACCAAACUCCGGCUCUGACAUGGAGUCGCAGUCGAUUUCGUCGUCGAUCUCGGAGACCAUGCCAGAUCAUCACCAGCUAGAGAUACCCAGUCUGCUGGACACCUACUCCGCGCAUGCCUUGUAUCUUCCUGGCAUCUAUGUGGAGCCCUCCGAUAAUGGGAACCAUGACGAGAUCAAGAAGAUGCUGGCCAAGAUUUUCCCCCACUGGGAGAGCGAAUCGCUCAUUUCGGUGAAACAUCUCACUGGCGGAAUCACAAAUAUGCUGUUGGAGUGCACAAUGUACAACAAAGCCACGGAUCUCCAUGAAAAAGUUCUGGUUCGCACUUAUGGCCGCGGAACUGGUUUGAUCAUCGACAGAGACAGAGAGUUUGUUUCUCAUUUGGUGAUCAACUCGGUCAACCUCGCUCCGCCGAUUCACGCUCGGUUCGGCAACGGACUGGUUUACGGGUUCAUCGAAGGACGUUCUUUGGAGUAUCAAGAGCUCUCGAACCAGGUGCUUUAUCCACUGAUUGCCGCGAAACUUGGCCAGUGGCACCAGCAGGUUCAGGUGGACGCUAUAGAGGAGUGUUUGACCACACUCCGUCGCGAGUUCCGUGGGGCAAAGUCGGAAACCAAGUCCUCUGAUCUCUGGGCCGUCAUCUCAAACUGGAUCCAGAUACUACCGGAGAUCGAGGGAAUCGUCAAGAGCUGUGCCUCGAACCUGGAUAUCCGCGAACUCAAAGACACAAAUGCAUCCCUUGGCUCGAUUUUAAAGGCAGAGCUGGACUGGCUACGGUCUGAGGUGGAGCAUAAGUCGCCGUUCGUUGCAUGUCAUUGCGACCUUUUGAGCGGUAACGUGAUCAUCUCUGAAGAGCUCUCGGAGAAGUUGGAAGCUGGUCUUUCAACUGCCGACGUGGAAUACUAUCGCACGCACAACCCGAUCUCAUUUAUAGACUACGAGUACAUGAUCAGGGCACCAAGAGCGUUUGACAUCUCGAAUCACUUCAUGGAAUGGCAAGGAUUCGACUGCGACAGAACACGGAUUCCGCAAGCGUCGAAAUCGAACGAGCUUUUGCGAGAAUGGUGUGCUAGUUAUCUGUGGUUGGAAAAUACAGAGAAAAAUAGAGCCCCCAUCGAUAACUUAAUCACCGAAAUCUCACUUUACUAUGGGCUUCCAGGUUUCUACUGGGGGAUCUGGUCGGGCAUUCAAAGUGGGAUCUCGUUAAUUGAUUUUGACUAUAGUUGGUAUGCAGGGGAGAGAAUCCAGGAAUACUGGGACUGGAAGCGCACGUUCAAGAAAGCUCCUGAAGAACGUUCUUGA